AUCUAGUACUAGUGAUGAAGGCAUGAAGCUACUGUAAUGCCGCUUCUCUAGCAGUUUCCUGACAGCAGAAAAGCCUACCAAAAAAUGAUUGCUCCCACGCUCCUUACGCAAAGAGCCACUGCGAGUGCAAUACUCGUGUUCCUUUUUGUCUCCGUAGCACAAUCCGCCUCUUCUUUCCAUCCUGCAAGCACGACGACAGUGACACGGCCCGCCGUCAGCGGGAGUUGCAUUCCGAGUGAGCGGAAGGCGCUCCUGACCUUCAAGGAUAGCUUUUGGGAUCGUGCUGGCCGCCUUUAUUCAUGGCGGGGCGAAGACUGCUGCCGGUGGAAGGGAGUCCGAUGCGACAACACAACUGGGCAUGUCGUCAGGCUCGACCUCCGCAACACAGACGAAGACGAUUGGAGCAAUGGGCUGAUCUUGUCAACCAGUGAGAUGAGCCCUUCUAUUGUUGAUUUGCAUCACUUGAGGUAUCUUGAUCUAAGCUACAAUCACUUCAAUUUUACAAGCAUACCUGAUUUUCUGGGUUCACUCAGCAACUUGAGGUAUCUCAACCUCUCCGCUGCAAAUUUUUGGGGAACUCUGCCUUCUCAGCUUGGUAACCUCUCGAAUCUGCAAUACCUUGAUCUUGGCAAUUCCCAUAGUCUGAGUGUUUCAGAUCUUUCAUGGUUAAUGGGUCUCCCUUUUUUAAGCUAUCUUGAUUUAUCCACGGUGGACCUCAGUUCCGAAAGGAAUUGGGUCCAUGCGGUGAACAAGCUUCCUUCUCUUCAAGUCCUUGUCUUAUCUAGCUGUGGGCUUAACAAUACCGUCUCUACUCUAUCUCAUUCCAAUCUCACACAUCUUGAAGUCCUAGAUUUAACAUUAAUCUGUUUAGCUCUCCUCUCGCACACAACUGGUUUUGGGAUCUCACUACACUUAAAAAGCUCUUUCUAUAUGAUUGUGCCUGGUCCGGGCCAAUUCCUGAUGCAUUGCCCUUGAGUCCAUAGUUCUGCAUGGCACCGAUUUAUCGGGUAACAUACCAACAACAAUGAAAAAUCUGUGUAAUUUACAAGAGCUGGAUUUAUACGACAUUAAUAUUAACAGUUCCAUAUCAGAACUGAUGGAGAGAUUGCCGAAGUGUUCAUGGAAUAAGUUGCGUAAGAUGGACCUGCAUUGUGCAAAUUUGACAGGGGAACUACCAACUUGGAUAGGACAUCUAGCAAGUCUCAGUUAUCUUGAUCUUUCUGAGAACAUGAUUGUUGGCUCUGUACCUGAUGGAACGGGAAAUCUGACAAAUCUCAACUAUCUUGACCUCUCUCAGAACUCACUGGUUGGCCAUAUACCUGUUGGGAUUGGGGCAUUUGGCAACUUGACUAGCUUGAACCUUGGCCAAAAUAGCUUCAGUGGUGUGCUCGCAGAAUACCAUUUUGCAACUCUAGAAAGACUGGAAUUUUUGGACCUUUCAAGCAACUCGCUGAAAUUAGAUUUACAUGAAGCUUGGAUUCCUCCCUUUAAAUUAAAGAAGGGAUAUUUUGAGUCAUGUGACUUGGGCCCUCAGUUCCCUUCAUGGCUAAGAUGGCAAACUGAUAUAGUUGUCCUUGAUAUUUCAAAUACAAGCAUAAAGGAUGACUUGCCUGGCUGGUUUUGGACUGUUUCAUAUAAUGCUUAUGAAUUGUACCUGUCAAGCAAUCAACUGGGUGGAGCUUUACCAGAGAAAUUGGAACUGCCAUCAAUGCAAGCAAUGGAUCUCUCCGAUAAUUAUUUGUCAGGGAAGUUACCAGCAAAUCUCACUGUUCCCAAUCUAAUGACACUGCAUCUUCACCACAAUCAAAUUGGAGGCACUAUUCCAGCUUGUUUGUGUCAACUGCGGAGUUUGAGAGUAAUAAAUCUGUCAUACAAUCAACUAACAGGGGAAAUCCCACAAUGUUCAGUGGAUCAAUUUGGUUUCUCAUUCUUGGUUAUAGAUAUGAAGAAUAACAAUCUAUCUGGUGAAUUCCCUAGCUUCCUUCAAAAUGCUGGUUGGUUAUUAUUUCUUGACCUUUCAUAUAACAAGUUGUCUGGAAAUGUCCCAACAUGGAUUGCACAGAGAAUGCCUUACCUGGAAGUUUUGAUUCUAAGAUCGAACAUGUUUUGUGGUAACCUUUCUAACCAAUUAAACAAGCUUGAUCAACUUCAUUUUCUCGAUGUAGCACAUAACAACAUAUCAGGAAGUAUAUAUUCAUCUAUAAGAAGCUUGACAGCCAUGAAAUAUUCACACACAUCAGGGUUGGACAACUACACUGGUGCUAGCAUAUCCAUGUCCAUAAAAGACCAGGAGCUUAACUAUACCUUUCAAUCCACAAAUAAUAUUAUGUUGAUUGACAUGUCGUACAAUAGUUUCACUGGACCUAUUCCAAGAGAAUUAACUCUACUCAAGGGGCUUCAAAGUUUGAAUCUAUCAGGCAAUCAAUUAAGUGGAACAAUUCCAAAUGAUAUUGGCAUUUUAAGGAGAUUGGAGUCCCUGGACCUAUCCUACAAUGAUUUAGUUGGUGAAAUCCCCUCGAUUUUAUCAGACCUUACUUUUUUGAGCUGCUUAAACUUGUCCUACAACAAUCUAUCAGGAAGAAUCCCCUCAGGACAACAGCUACAAACACUUAAUAAUCUUUAUAUGUACAUCGGCAAUCCUGGACUUUGUGGACUUCCUCUUUCCACCAAUUGUUCCACGAACAGAACAAACAAAAUUGUCCAGAAUGAACAUGAUGACGCAUCACAUGAUACAACAUAUUUGUACAUCAGCACAAGUGCAGGGUUUGUGGUGGGGCUCUGGAUAGUGUUCUGCACCAUCCUGUUCAAGAAAUCAUGGAGGAUCGCUUAUUUUCAGUUUUUUGAUCAGAUAUAUGACAAGAUAUAUGUGCAAGCAGCUGUCAGUAAGGCUGUUUUGAUAAGAAAAUUCCUAUGAAGAACUAUGGAUGUUUUAUUCCACUGCAUAUCUUUUCAUACUCUUCUUUUUUUUCUUGUGAUGUGCGCAUCAUUUUUUUUUAACAGAGUAGUAGUUCUAAAGAGAGAGAUAUUGUAACCAAGAAGCUCUUUAAUAAUACCUGUACCGUUCAUGUACUUAAACUGUAUCAUGGUAUGAUUUGAUCUUUGUUCUGCACCUUUUGUUUUUGUGAGAAAUACAGUACAAGUUUUCACUGUAAACUUUGACAUGUAUAUGUACUUUACAAGCACUACAUAUCUCAGUAUGUGCUUUCUAAACAUAUUAUUGGCAUUACUAA